UGAUUACAUAAAAUAUACCGAGUUUAUUAACUACAUUGAAAUAAAUAUGUCGGAAAAGAAACCAAAAAUAAUUGUUUUUGACUUAGAUUAUACAUUAUGGCCUUUUUGGGUUGAUACACAUGUAACACCUCCAUUUAUAAAACGGAAAAAAGAUGAAAUAGUGGAUGCACAUGGUCAGAUUAUACGUCAUUACAAAGAUGUACCUGAUAUACUAAACAAAUUAUCAGAGGAAGGAUAUGAACUUGGUGUAGCAUCACGUACUUCAGAAAUCAAAGGUGCUAAACAAUUGUUAAACUUACUAGAUUGGGAGAAAUAUUUUAAAUAUAAAGAGAUAUAUCCAGGUUCCAAAACAACUCAUUUUUCACAGAUUAAAAAAUUAUCUAAUGUUGAAUAUAAAGAUAUGAUGUUUUUUGAUGAUGAACAAAGAAACAUAUCUGAUUUAAAUAAAGUAGGAGUGUUGUCUAUAUUAGUUAAAAAUGGUAUGACACAUGAAGUUAUAGAUCAUGGAUUAAAAAAAUUUUCCAAAUUAUAAUUACUGUAUAUUUUGAAACAUCAUAUUGUAAAUAAUACUGUAUAUACAUAUUUUAAGCAGCAAUUUAUAUAUUACGUAUAACUUCAU